CUCUCACACACACUCCCUUCUGUCCUUCAACCUCGAGACAAGCAGCUCCGCCAGACCUUAUAUGAAGCACAAUCAAAAUCCCUGACAGUUCGCAAAAAGCCUCUAAAGAUGUCACUAAUGCCAGCAGGGUGUGCUCCUAUGUAGACAUUCAGUCUUUCCACGGUUGAUAGGCCCAUAGUUCCCUUGUAGUGUUCUUCAAGCCUGUCUACAAUGUCCACUUAUAGCUCUGCAAAGUACUAUCCAGAGGUAGUUCCCAACCCCAACGGUCAAGCACCGGUACCAGACCGUAAGGGAACAGCGAUGCAAAAAACAACGCUUGUCAGCCCGUCUGAUUCCGGGUAUGAUUCAUCUGGAUACUCUAACGAGUCCCCGUCUGAGACUUCAAUACACGUUCGAGCUGUAGAGUAUACUCCGGUAAGUAGGGUCUUUACCGAUCAUGAACACCUAGGCUUUGCGUGCAACAAAGACACCUAUCGCGAUACAAACUUGUCCGCUGAUGAAGCAAGAGACCGACUUCUUUUCUUGAAAUCGUAUACCAGUCGGAGAUGGAAAUGACCGGUUGAAACCGUAUAACAGUCAAAGGAUAGAAAUGACCAGUUGAAACCGUAUAGCAGUCAAAGGAUGGAAAUGACCAGUUGGAACCGUAUACUAGUCAGAGAUGGAUGGAACCAAUUUUUCUUGGAAUUGCUACAAUUCUUUACUGUGCAUAGAGUAGUUCCAGCCUGACAAUCGAUCUGCGUGUAUACAACAAGAGACAAAUGAAGAAUGAUACUGGUGACUAUUUCGUGGCUGCUAUAUUUACACCUAUGAAUGUUAGUUAAAAAGCAAAUCUGUGGCAGCGCAUUUCCUGACAGAACAGUGCUAUCAGAAUAACUCUGGCCUUCGUAAUAUUGGUCAAUUAGCGUACGCUGAUUGUUCCCUACAUAAUGACCAUGUUCAUUGAGUGCACAACAACUACUCAGUACGCCUCCAGUGGCGCCUGUGUAACAAGCAGGGCCGCCUCAACAUCUGGUGCUGUACACUUUUUUUUGGAUAUAUUCGAGUGAGAACUUUCUCAUCCUGCACGACGGAGCAAUUUAGUCUGGAAAAAGACUUCACAAAUAUUAGUAUACGUCUACCUCAGAUCCAUUGAUAAAGGAUAUUUUACUUGUUCAGUUGAACUGGGCG